AUGUUGGCCCAUCGCUAUAGGCCUCGUCUCCCUAGUGGAGAGUUGGCACCGAUGGCCUGGCCACUGGUAGUAUACAGGACUCUGAAUCACAUUGCCUGGCCACUGGAGGCGGACUCGGGUCGUUGGACCGUUUUCGUGGACAGGUUGCUGAUUUUUAUGGGCUUUCUGGUCUUCUGCGAGCACAACGAGGUGGACUUUCAUUAUUUGAUUGCCAAUCGGCAGGACAUGGGCAACCUGCUGACGGGCAUGCCCACAUAUCUGAUUCUGAUGGAGAUGCAGAUACGGUGCUAUCAACUCGCCUGGCACAAGGAUCGCUUCAGGGCUCUGUUGCAGCGGUUUUAUGCGAAAAUCUAUGUUAGCGAGGAGAUGGAUCCCCAUUUAUUUGCCAGGAUUCAGAAGCAAAUGCUGGCCACACGGGCCAAUUCGACGGUCUAUCUGUUGACCCUGUUCAAUUUCCUAAUGGUUCCGGUGACGAAUGUCAUCUACCACCGACGGGAAAUGCUCUACAAGCAGGUGUAUCCCUUCGACAACACCAAGCUGUAUUACUUCAUCCCACUUCUGGCACUCAACUUCUGGGUGGGCUUCAUCAUCACCAGCAUGCUCUUUGGCGAGCUAAAUGUCAUGGGUGAGAUGAUGAUGCAUUUGAAUGCCCGAUAUAUCCAGCUUGGCAAGGAUCUCCGCCACUCAACGAAUGUGCUGUUAGAGGAGCAGAGCACAAUGGACUUGGCCUCAAGAUAUCAGCUAGCUUUGACCCAGAUCCUGCGAAGAAAUGCGGUUCUCAGGGAUUUUGGGGAACGAGUGGAAGAGGAGUUCAGUCUUCGCAUCUUUGUCAUGUUCGCUUUUAGUGCCGGCCUGCUCUGCGCUUUGUUCUUCAAGGCUUUUACGAAUCCCUGGGGUAAUGUGGUUUACAUCGUAUGGUUCCUAGCUAAGUUCAUGGAGCUGCUAGCCCUGGGAAUGCUGGGCUCUAUUCUCCUCGAGACGACAGAUGAAUUGGGUAUGAUGUACUAUACCUCCGGCUGGGAGCAGGUGGUUCAUCAGUCGAGCAAUGUCAAAGAGAAUGUCAAGCUGAUGAAGCUGAUGACUUUGGCCAUCCAACUGAACUCGAAACCCUUCUUCAUCACCGGCCUAAAUUAUUUCCGAGUCACUUUGGUGGCAGUUCUGAAAAUCAUCCAGGGUGCCUUCUCCUACUUUACCUUUCUAAAUUCGAUGCGAUGAGCUGGAUGGAAGUGCUGGAAUAAUU